GGUCUGUGUCAUGAGUGCCGAGGCCAGCGAUCCAGGUGACCUUGGAGACGAGAGGCCCAGGCUGAAGCUGGAAGCUGUGAUCCAGAAAUUAGAAGACACCGUCCUGAGUCCAGAGGCCAAGAAAGAAGACAGAACCCUGACGGUCCAGGGCCAGGGUGGACGGACCUCGCCCACACCUGUCCCUGCCAGGAUCCGGCAGAUUGUGACUAGCAGUCUGGUGGAGGACCCCCUGCAAGGUCUCUGGGAAGUACCUUUGGGAGUGAGGGCGCGGGAAGAAAAUCAGCUCUUGCAGGACGAACUCUCGAGGCUCGAAGACCUCUUGGCCCAAACCCGGGCUGAAAGGGACGAGUUUGCCAGCAAACACCAUGCGGUCAGUGAAAGGCUGGACAGGGCGCUGAGUGUGGAAGCUGCACAGAGGGAGGGAGAAAGCAGUCCCACCAUCUGGGAAAUGAAGCGCAGGCUGGAGGGGGCCGAGAGGGCCAGCCGGCAGAAGCUCCAGGCCUACCAGGAAGGGCAGCAGCGACAGGCCCAGCUGGUCCAGAGGCUGCAGAGCAAGGUACUGCAGUACAAACAGAAAUGUGGGGAGCUGGAACAGAGGCUGAUGGAGAGAACAACCGAAAGUGAGCACCAGAAGAUGAUGAUGCAGACCAGGCUCCAAUCUGCAGAACUGCAGCUGCGCCGAUCAGAACAUGACUACAAUUCAGAUUUGGAUGAAGCCCUCACUCGACUAGAAGAAGAAGAACAGAGGAGCGCGAGCCUUUCCCAAGUAAACGCUCUUCUCAGGGAACAACUGGAGCACAUGAAAAACUCCAAUCAGAAGCUGGCAGAGGAGCAGGAGAAGAUGGCAGGCAGCAUGAGCAGGCUGCGGGAUGAGCUGGAGCAGAAGGAACUCCGCUGGUGGAAGCAGAAAGAGAGCUCUGAGGCACUCUUGUGGAAAGAACCAAGAGGGAUCCUAAUCCUCUGGAGACAUGCUGUGGUCCUCCGGAGCAACUUUGCAGAACUCCAAGCAGCCACUGAGAGAGGUCUAACGGAUAUGAAGUCAGAUCUAGCCAGGACCGCGCGCCGGCUGCAAACCGCCUGUCUCAAUCUCGACUCCAACCUGCGGCUGUCUGAGAGCAAUGCGCUUGCCUCCGCGGAGAAGCAGGCCCGCUACAGCGCCCGGCUGGAGCAGCAACUCCGGGACAAGGUGCGCGAGAUGAUCCAGCUACAGAGCCGCUGGGACGCCGAAAAAGUCGAGCUCAACUCCAGGCUCAUGGAGCUGACUCUGCUAGGAGAUAGGCUCCAGGAACAAAACGCUAAGAAAGAGAAGACCAUAUCUUCCUUAAAACUGGACAUCCAGAAGCUGGAAUCCACCCAGACUGGAGAUCUCCUGGAGGCUGAGGACUUGAAGAAUGAAGUGGAAUCGUUAUGGCGUGUUUUAAACCACAUCAUGAAGUUAGUUCUAGCCGAUGCUGAGAAUGUAGGCCUUCCCUCAGCAGAGAACAUAAGGGGAGGAGGGCAGGAAGAGAGAAGACAGCCCUCCCCUCUGCGCUCCAGUUCCCCUCCUCCACAGCAGGCAUCGCUGACUCAGCCCUCCUCCCCGAUACACCAGGAUGCAGCUCUGCAGGCCAUCCAGGGAGCCCUCCAAAAGAGGCGUCAACAAGAGCAGGAUCUGUGGCUGCAGCUGGAGUCCUCUCAGGCCACUGUGACAAUGCUCCAGAAACAGCUGGAAGACCAUCAGAGGGACGGUCAGGCCACAGAGCAACAACUACAGGAACAGAGACAAGAGCGAGAAAAACUGCUGGCCAAGCUGGGGGAUCAGAGGCGAGACCUAGAAUGCUGCAAAGCUUCUGAAGAGAUGUUGAGAAGGGAGAAGGAAACCUUGGAGACUAAGAUGAAGGACUUGAUUCAAAGGGCAGAUCUUUCCUCCUUGGAAAUAGAAAAACUCAAAGCCACCAACACAGAGCUGCAAAGGCAUCAGAUCCUCUUGCAACAGCAGCAGGAGGAGAUGUCAAGAAAGGAGGAGAGGAGUCAAAAGGAGCUGGAAACAGGCCAGAGGAGCCUGGAGCUCUUAGAGGAGAAGGUCUCAGAUCUGAAGAAGGAGCUGGUGAUGGUGAAGGAGUCCCUGAACCAGGCCAUCCUGGAGAAAGAAGUCCUGGAGAAGCAGAAGGAAGGUCUCCGCUGCUCCCUCUCCCAAGCAGAGGCCAGCAGCACCCAAUUGGAGUCACAAAUGACCAAGAUGAGAGCUGAAGACGCAGAACAAAGGGACUCCUUGGUCAAGAUGGCAGCCCUGACAGAGAGCCUGGCCCAAGACAAGGUCAGCUUGAACCGGAUGAUCCUCCAGCUAGAACAGGAGAAGAACCAGUGGCUAGACCAACAGUGGCAGCUGGAACAAGAGAUGAGCCACCUUCGAGAUCAGCUUGCUCAUCUGGGCCAGGAUCUGGACCAUGUCCAAAGGGAGAAGCAGGGCCUGGAUCAAACCUUGCAGAUGGCAGAAGAGGAAAGAGGGACCAUUGAGGAAGAGAUGAUGCUGCUUCAGAAAGAGAAAGCACAACUGCAUGAGCGUCUCAUGCAGGUAAGCUGUCAGAAGCACUCUUUGGAAGGGCAGCUAGACCACAGCCAGCAAGAGAUAAAGAUGCAAGCUGAUGCUCUCCAGCAAACAAUACUAGAAAAAGAAGAGAUGGCCAAAGAGAAAACAAGACUUGUGGUGGGACACACAUCCUUGGAAAGACAGAAUCGAGUCCUGCUGGAGGAGAAAGCUACUCUCAGGGCUGAGAAGGAGUCCCUGGAGAGCAGCCUCUUCUCAAUGCAGCAGCAGGUGGUUCAGCUGGAAGCCCAGAAGGAACAGCUGGAAGAAGAGCAGCAAAGGCUCCGCCUGUCAAAGCAGGCGCUCCAAGUGGAAGUGGAGAGGACCCAAAAUGAACUGGAGACUCAAGAGACCAAGAUGAAGUGGGAGGCAGAACUGCUCAAGCAGCAGAUGACUCAACUGAAAGAAGACACUCAGCUUUCCCUCAGGAAUCAGGCGCUGGCCCAUGGGGAAGAUGUGGGACGCCUGAGAAAAGAGAAGGAGAGUCUGCGUCUGGCAUUGACUGAAGAGAAAGAACUCGCCAUACGCCAACUUAAGCAAGAGAAAGAAGAAUUGCUUUCAAAAUAUGAAACUGAGCGAGAAAAUCUAAAUGAAGAAAUGCUCAGCCUGAAACGAGAGCGAGAUGCAAGCCUUCUCCAAUUGGAGCAUGAGAAGCAGAAGGCGUUAUCUCUAAAGGAAACUGAGAAAAAUAUGCUCUAUGAGGAGCUCAUUGAAGCCCAACGGGAACUGGAGGAGGCCAAGCUAGAGACUGACCGAGUAAAACAGCAAGCACUGAGCCAACAGGAGCAAGAUAAGGACACGGUAGCCAGCAUCAGCAGAGAGCUGAAAGCCUUCCAUGUCCAGUUUGAAGCCUCGAUGGCUACCCACCAAGAAGAGGCCAAGGCCUUGAACGAGCGCAUAAAGGAACUAGUCAGAGAGAAGAGCACUGUGGGCAAAGAGGUUGAAGAGUUGAGAACUCAACUCCUCCGGGCAGAGGAGGGUCAGGAGAGGACACGCAGGGAGCUGGCCGACCUACAGCAUGAGCUUCAGGAGGCCCAAGAGGCCCGAGACCUUGAGCACAAGGAGACAACAGCCAUCCGCCGAGCCCUGGAGGAUGAGACCCGGGAAAAGGACAUGCUGCAGCAAUCCAACACAGGGCUCCGAGAAGCCAUCAAGAAAAUCGAGAGUGAAAAGAUCAGUUUUAAGCAGGCCAAAGAGGAGAAGGAACAGAAGCUCAUCAUCUUGGAGGAGGCCAAAGCCUCCAUCCAGAAAGAGGCUGGGGAGCUCAGAGGGAGCCUCCGAGAGGUGGAGAGGUCAAGAAUGGAGGCCAGACGAGAGCUCCAGGAACUUCGGAGACAGGUAAAGACCAUGGAGGGUGAGAAUGAGAAGAAGUGCAAGGAAGUGAGUGACCUGCAGGCCAGAAUCAUGCAAGAGGAGCAGCGGGUGCAGCAGGGCCGGAGGGAAUCUGCGGAGCUGCAGAAGAAGGUCGUGGAGACAGAGACCAGUUGGGAAAGUGCUCGGAAGGAGAUCCUUGGCCUGCAGAGAAAACUGGCACAUACAGAGUCAGGAAUGCAGGUGCGGGAGAAAGAGCUGCUGGAGAACCUGCAGGAAUGCCACAGGAAUGAGAAGAAGCUCAGCGAUGAGCUCCAGAACCUGGAGAUGAAGCUGAGGCAGGUUUGUGGAGAAGCCAAGGUCUGCCAGAUGCACCUGAGCACAGCCAGCGGCCGCGUCCAUAGCCUGGAGCAGGAGCUGGACCAGGCUGAGCGGAGCAGGAGGGAAACUGAGGCCACUCUGAGGAGGCUGCACUCAGCACUGCGCCGGGGACUGGGCCUCAGCACGCUGCAAGGAAGAGCCCCCUCCCCAUCCAAAGGCUUGGGGAGCGCAUCAGAGGCAGAUGGACAACAGACUCCAGCCUUGCAGCCUGGAUCCCCAGAGAGGAGCCAGGCCUACUCCCCACUCAGGCGGCCCUCUCCCUCACGAGGGAGCUUCAGCCCCACAGAGAUCGAUGUUGGAGUUGUCCAGGAGGCCCUGAGAGAUCUCCAGCAGAACCUGCGAGACACACAAAGGGAGAGGGAUGACUCACGGAUCCAGGUAGUGAACCUGAACUGUCAGCUGAAUGAGCUGAAGUCUGACCUUGACCAGAGCAAGACUCGCAUCCUGCAGCUGCAGAAGAAUCUGGCAGAUGCUGAGGAAGGCAAGCGAGGGGCCGACGGACGCCUGCAAAGCGCCCAAGCUGCCUUGAUGCUGCAAAAGGAGACCAUCCGGCAGGUGGAGAGGGAACAUCAGGACUGCUCAGAGCAGGUUUCGGUGCUGGAACGCAGCAUCCACACAAGCGAGGAAGAGAAGAGAAGCCUGCAGGAGAAGGUGAGCAGACUGAAGGCCAAAGAGGCCAAGCUGGACUCUGAGAAAUGGAAACUCAAAGAGGCCCUGGAGGCUUCCCAGUGCCAGGCAGCCAAGCUGGAGCUGAGCCACCAGGCCAGCCAAGAGCAUCUUCAGCGGGCGCAGAGGAGUCUGAGCACCCGGGAAGUAGAGGUCCAGGCUUAUCGCGAGCAGGUGCAGGGGCUCGGGGCCCAGCUGGAGGAGAGCACCACCAGACUGGCCUCCCGGCAGCAAGAGCUGGACCAUCUGGGCCGAGAGCUGGCCAGGACCGAGGAGGCAGAGAGGCACCUCAAGGAGCGUGUGCAGAGCCUCAGUCAGGCCCUGGCAGACGCCACCAGCGGCUCCUGCAGCCUCCAGGAGGAUGUGGCCCAGCUCCGCCAGGCCCUGGUAGCAGCCGAAUGUGACCGUCGGCUACUGCAGGAACAUCUGGACUCUGCCCGCCAGGCCCUGUGUGACAGUAAGAGACACAGCCACAGCCUGGCAGAAAGAGGGAAGCGACUGGAGACCCAGCUGGCCCAGCUGGAGAUGAGGUGCCAGGACCUGGAAGGGCAACUGGAGCAUCUGCAGGAGAUUGUUCACAGCCAUCGACAAAGCAAGGAGGAGGCCUUAGCCUCGGCCCAGAAGUUCCAGAGGGAGAAUCACGCCCUGCAGGAGCAAAUCUGCACCCUGCAGAGAGCUCUGAAUCGUUUGGAGAGAGAGCACAAGGAGCUGGAACGGUCUGCCAUCCAGCUGGAGAGGGACAACUGUGCUCUGAAGAGAACCCUCUGUAAGGUAUCGAGGAAGGCAGAGGCUGGAGGGCACCUAUAAGACAAGCUGUAGGUCCCCCCCACCCCCAUACCCAGCCAAGGCUGCCAAGGAACUCGGGACAGAGCUGCAGCA